GGGAAUAGCCGGAGAGGCGCGGUACCAGCCAAAAUGUGCGACAAACCAGACCUCUCGGAGGUGGAGAAAUUCGACAAGAAGAAGCUGAAGAAAACCAACACGGAGGAGAAGAACACGCUGCCCUCCAAGGAGACUAUUGAGCAGGAGAAGGAAUGUGUGAAGUCUUCAUAG